GGAGGGCGAGAACCGAGUGCCCUUCGGUCCUUCGGCACCUCCCUCUCCCACGCUGGCGAAAGCUCAAGUCUCCACUCCCCUUUUCUACCCCCCCCACCGAAGUGACAGAAGCGAGGAUGGCCCUGAAGACAGUGACAGUAAUGUUCGGGGACGAGAGCCAGAGUGCCUACCCUCACGUGUGGCUCCGAGAGAACUGCCAGUGCCACGAGUGCUUCAACCAGGACGCGAUCGCCAGGCUGUUCCUCCUCGAAGACCUGGACCUCGACAUGAGGCCGAAGAACGUGAGGGUGGAAGACGGGUGCCUGCGGGUGGAGUGGGAGGACGGGCACAUCGGCCUGUUCUCGGGCCUUGGCUGCACCAGCGCGCCUUCACGCAGGAGGCCAGAGCGAAGCACAGGGCGCAGUAUAUGCUGUCCAGGGUCCGCUGGGGGUCCUGGCUUCCAAGUGCCACUCAUCGACUACCAGAGCGCCAUGGAGGACGACCGGGUGCUCCUCGACUGGCUCACCCUUCUGGAGAGGUUUGGAGUCGUCCUUAUCACCAACGCGCCUCAGAAAGUCGGUGCAAUUAACGACUUCAUUAAUAACAUCGGAUUCAUCAAACCGACUCACUAUGGAACGGACUACGAAACUGGUGACCCACGUGACCCCGAAUAACCUGGCGUAUACGGGGCCAAACUCGGUCUGCACACGGAUCUGCCAUACUACGAAUAUCCACCCGGGG